AUAUGUUUAUACUUAAAUGAAAAACAAUGGCAAACUGUAAAGAGAUCAUUUCAUUUCUUCUUCUCCAGUCGUUACUUAUUAAUUCCUACUUGUGCAACAUCGUGAAACGAAAAGCACCAGAAGGAAAACUUUACGUAUUUUCAAAAAGAGAAGGAUGUGUGUUUGUACAAAGUGAAAGUCCUUGUACAUUAAACUGGAAAUUGAAUCCAUACAUCGCCAAACUUUACACACAGAAGAACAAGGUCGUUUCACAUGCACUCAAUCUCUAUACUCAACUUGGCAUUUCAUCUUUGUGCAGAGAUGCUGUUAAAGAAGCCUUAUGUUCACAAUGGACCCCAAGAUGUUCCGAAAUCAAUUACAGUCGAGAUUAUGGUGAUGUUACAAGGCUGUGUAACAACGUUUACUCUCGUUGUCCAUCAAAUCUUGUAAAUGAGUUUAAGAACCAAAAAUUCUGCAAGACUCUUAAAAAGGGCAGACAUUCAAACGAUCAGUGUGUUGCGAAUACUGCACCCAUCAGUGGUGCUUGUCCGCAGCCAAAGUAUAAGAUGACAUCGUGGCUCCUUGAGGAAUAUCGAAAAACUUCUGUAAGAAUCCAGCCAACUUUGAGACGUCUUCGUAAUCUACGAUACGGUGAUGGUGGAAGGAUUUUUUCAGAUUCAUGUGUGUCACAAAUGACUGAAAUCGAUUGUGCAGCAAUUUAUUGCUCAGCAAAUGAAACUGAGCUCUUGGUAAAAAUGGAUAGUAAUGAUUGUCAUCAGGUUGUCAGUGACUGUAUCGACGAACCAUUCAGAAGAUUGUCAAAAUCGACUAGUGCUUGGAAUGUUUUGAAUACUUUGAGAAAUCAACUUAAAACAAAUUGUGACACUUUUGCUGCGCCCUCAUCCGACUUGAGACCUGAGCCUCCACGGAUUUACAAGAAAUCACCUACAAAAAAAAGUGCUGGAAACAGAGAGCACAAAGCCAUUGGAAUCCUCCCUUCGUCUUUUUGCACUUAUGAAAAUGCUUUUAAUUGCUUGAACUCGAGAUGAACCAAACUUUUUUUAUAUUCGUAUAUAAUCCAAAAAACUUCACAUAUAGUUGAUGCAGUAUAGUAAUACUUGGUGUUAGGCUGAAGUAUACUUGCAUGAUUUUUAAUUUUACAGUUAUUAGCUAUUUUGCAAGGUUCUUCUUCAUGAUGAUUGUAUUUGUUGUUUUCACGUCUUAAAUGAACUUAUAAUAACAAACAUAAGAGUAA